ACAUUACAUGCCUCGAUGACAAAUUUAAAUAGUUUUGGUGUCAAUAAUGAAUUCUAUGUCGUACACAAAAAUCAGAGUUUAUGUAGUGUCGGUUUUUAUUAGGUAUAGAAUAACCUGUACCUCUAAUAAUUUGGUUCUUCUAUGUUAAUAUUUUACUCUGACAACACGAAUUAAUUGUCAAAAUUUAAUCUGAGCCUGUCUGAUUCUGAAUAGAGUCAGACAAAAGUCACAGAAGUCUGGAAACUAAAAAAUAAAAACAAACAAUUCAAAAAACUACUCGUCGAGCGUUACUACAGCUGAAACUGUAGACUAUACGUUAAUUUUAAUACAAAACCUAAUGAAAUGGAGAUUGCAAAUACAUUCAUUUGUAUUUACAGCACUACACAGUUAUUGAUUAAUUUUCAUGAAAUCUGAUCAGACCAUGAGCAACUUUCAGCACCUUGUUUUCAUGGUGGAAUACCGAACUUGAUCUUCUAGGUAUGUAAUCAUAAGUGCUUGUUGUAAUAUCCUUUUAUCUCGCCAUGGGAUCUUCAUUUGAAGAAAGUUUAUAUCGCGCAGUAUUAGCCGAAGAUCUGGAGGCGAUAUCCCGAGCGCUUUCUAAAGGUGCUAAUCCUAAUACAAUUACUGUACAAGGUAAAACCAGUUUGGGUGAAGCUGCGAAUAGCGGAAAUAUUGAUAUUGUAAAGCUAUUAAUUAAAGCCAGUGACUCUAAACGACAUGUGCCUGUACCAUAUGUGGGGUCUCCUAAAAAGAGACAAGUGAAGUGCCAUAAGCGCAAGUUGAGACAUCAUGGGCCACAUGAUGAGACUGUUGUGAAAUGUAAAAGCAUGAAUGAUAGAAAUUUUAAAGAUUUGAAUUUGGGUCAAGAGACUAGGGUAAAAGGUACUCAAAAAUCUGAAACCAAUCAAGGGUACUUUGUGUUUACACACAGUGACGGGUCCAGUAGUGAUGAGAGUAAGAUUGGGAGUUUGAAAUCUCCUAUGACUCCUUCACCUUUAACACCCUCCCCACAGGAUUUAGAAUGGGAUGAAGACAUAGGGAAUGUUGCACCAACUACAAGUGAAGAUGAAUCCUGGACUUCUAUGUACAAAUGGUAUGCUGCUAUACUGGAGUCUACAGGGGCAGCUAUUGCUUCAGCCUCAGCUAUGUUCACUGCUGGAAUUGAUCAGCAUGAUGCAUUUAUGCAUACCCCACUACAUUAUGCUGCAGAACAGGGUCAUGUUUCUGUAGUCAAAUUGUUGAUUGAAGCAGGGUGUAAAAUAGAUGCUGAAACUGGAGAUGGUGUGACAGCUUUACAUGUUGCAGUUAUCAAAAAUUAUGUUGAUAUUGUGAAGAUACUUAUAAAUUCUGGGAGCAAUGUUAACCACAAAACCUAUGAUAGUAUGACACCUUUGCAUUUUGCAGCAUCAAGAGGUUUCUUAGAUUUGGUAAAAAUUCUAGUCAGUAAUGGUGCAAGUUUAGAAGCAAGAGAUUCAAACGAGAGGACAGCACUGUACAUAGCAUCUGGUCGUGGGCAUAUGGAUUUGAUGAAAUAUCUGAUUGAUGCUGGUGCUAAUGUAAACAGUGAAGAGAUCCAUGGAUAUACGCCUCUUUGUGAAGCUGUAUGGCAAAAGUAUGCUGUGGGUGUAGAACUUUUACUGUUAUCUGGUGCUAGAAUUACUCACUCUCAUAGGCUUUUACAUAAUGCAAUAAUUCAAAGACAGAUGGAAAUAGUAAAAAUGCUUACAGCUUACGGUGCCGGGAUAAACUUGUAUAACGACAAUGGUGAUACGCCACUGCUUUUGGCGGUACGACUAUCACAGCCCGCAAUCGCUAAAAUAUUAUUAUGUAAAGGUGCGAACGCUAAUUUGUUAAACAGUAUAACAGGUGCUAAUGCAUUGCACAUAGCUGUUGAAAGUGUAGACUCCCCUGAAGAUUUUGAAGAAUUGUUGAAAUGUUUAAUAGACUACAAGAUUGAUUUGAAUGCAUCAGCUUUAACUGGCGACACUGCUUUAAACAGGGCUCUGUUAUUACACAAAGAUCCUGCAGCAGUUCUCCUUAUUCGAUAUGGCGCAGACGUGAAUGCGUGUGAUCUACAUGCUUGUGGUCUAGACAAUUUAUCCAUAGCAAGUAGAAGAAGGUCGAAUAGCUUAGCAUUAAUGUUAUUGAAGGCAGGCCAUUAUAUCGUGAUCCCAGAUAAAGAUACAUCAAUACCGGCAUCAGAUUAUACAAAAUGUUGGUUAUAUAAUGUUUGUAGAGAUCCACUUACUCUUUCCGAUCUCUGUAGGAUUAGAAUUAGAUACUUAGGUCAAAGUACAUCCAUAACAUUGUACCGCUUCAUAUCUUCCCUGCCUCUUCCAAAGAGUUUAAAAAGAUACCUUAUGAUGGAAGAUGAAGGCACGGAAUACUUUGAUUUUACUGCUUAAAUUAUUUAUUACUACACAUACCAUAUCACCAGCAGUUAACUUGUUUAUGACAUGGCGGAAAGUUUUAAUUGGUUUGUGUGUCCAAUAUAAAAUGAGUUAAAAAUUUGGGGUUGAAAUCUGAGGAAAACGAAUAUUAUCUAUAUGCAUUUUUAUUUAGUAAAAUUACACAGUAGUACAAAGGUGUACUUAGGGUAAAAUACAAAAUAUUUAUUGAUUAGAAUAUUAUAUACUAUACUUAACGUGACACAAUAUGUUUGUCCAUAAAAUCUUCAAAAUGAGUUGCAAUUGUUUAAAACACCUAGUAGUAAGAGAUAACACUUGUUUUUUAAAAACACACGCAAUAAUUAUGUAGUGAAUGAGCUGCAGAGUAUAUGUACUUGCAAACCAAUCAGUAAGUACAUAGUUUUAGGUAGUUUUUUUAUUAUU